CCUCAGCGACAGCCGGCGUUUGUGUUGACGGUGGCAGCACUCGUGGGAGAGAGGAGCCGUCUGCAAAAUAUAACAGGUACUGUGGGAAAAUACCUCAGUUUGUCUUAUUUCUUACACUGCAUCUUGAUACUUAAACUCAAGAGCGAGGCGGUGAAGGGAAUAGUUGUUAAAACAGGUCGACUAGCGAGUCUUUCAGUCAGCUUUUAAUCUGAAAGUAGGAUGUAGAGUGGAGGAGCCGGUGGUGCGUUUACGUUACGGGGAAGCUAACGCCGGUGUUAUGCCGUAGAAUGCAUCCCUGCCAUAUAAUGCAUCCCCUGCAUCCCAUCCAGUCAUUAGCUUCGUAAAGUGGAAGAAAAUGAUCUCAUAUUUAAAAAAAACACAAGUAUUGGAUCGUGAAAACAUGUCAAAAGGAGCAGCUUACUUUCGUUUUGUUUUUAUGUCUCAAAAAUGCCCACAUGGAAAACAUGGAUUAUUUCGCCUUGUGAUGUACUUUCUACCGCGCUUCCGUCAGGGGUGAAUUAAACGGCAGGGGUGCAUUCUACUGCACAACACCUAUUAGCUUCCGCUUCAUCAAAGCGUAAGGCUAGCGGCGAAACAUGUUAGCAGCUAACUUUAAUUUAUUAUUUUUUCUCUGAGAAGAACUACAUAAAAUAACAGUAUAAGAAGCCUGUAUUUAAAAAGUCAUUGUUAAACACCUGGUUGUAGUGAAUGAUUGUGUGUUAAUGUUUGGUGCAAAUCAAACUCAAAUGUACCCGCUGGGAGUGACGUCAUUUCUACAAUAACUGAUGAUAGUUUAGAGACAUUUAUAAAAUGUUAAAAUUUAAUCGUUUUAAAAGACAGACGCUAAUCUCCACACGUUUUUAAGCCUAAGAGCAAGCAAGAAGGCAAACAAGAAGUCACUCUUAAACAAAGAGGAAGGUGGAAUACAUCCUCAUCUCUGAGGCAACGCAAAUACACUUAAUAACGAACACCUGGACAAUCCAGUGCUGCUUAGUACACUAGCACUGUCACACAGGUUACUUUUACUUAGCUUCUGCAUCCCCAAUUUCUGUUGAAAUGGUCUAAAAGCUGACAAUUGUACUAUAAUUGAGCUUAUUAUUGAAGUAAGAAUGACAGUUUGUGAUUAAAACAAUAUACAAGGAACACCUUUCAAUAUAAUACACUUCAGUACACUACCCACUACAUAUUUAGCAAUGAUAUAAUAAGUACAAUAAUCACCUGUCUGAUGUCAACAUAAACUAAAGCUGCAAAAGCUUCCUGAAUGAAGAAUUUAAGAUGUUGUACUGGAUUGCUUAACUGACCCCAUCACAGGGUAAGUUGACCAUAGGAGACCACUCUUUUUUGGCAUGGAUUAUUAUCAAGACAGUUAUGUUUACACUCAUUCUGUUGGUUUGCAGGGAUGCACAACAUCUUGAAAUAUAUGCAGAUACACUAGUUAGAGAGAGGUUACAGAGUGCAGGCCGUCUUAUCAGGUCAGAGCCUAAACCAUCCUGAUGUGAUGACUCAUGGGCUUUAGUAGACCCUUGAGCCUUAAAAAAUGGGGUGAAAGUGCACUCUUGGAUGACCUUGUUGUAGAUAAAACACUCCCAUUGCCCUCUUUGCUUUCCCAAUGAAUGCAAUGUUAAAUAAGUGCACCCUGGAUGUCCUUCCAGUGUAUAAAAUGUGAUAAGGUGCCCCUCUACUAGGCCUUGGUGGAUGGUGUGUAUUAAAAGGCACUUUAAGAUGCUCUCCUACUGGACAAAUUCUGAUUGUUGCUUGAAUAUUAUAUUCGCUUAACCUGUUGAUGUGUUUUUGUCUGACAGAUGUAUAAGGUUGCACUUAAGUAAACAUACUAAACGCAUUAAAACUGAAUAGAGUAAUCGCUUAAUUUUCCCAUUCAAGCAAAAAUGCUGAGCAGUGAACAAUUUUAGGUUUCCAAAUAUGACAAUUUACUGUUUCUCCACUUGUACUAAAACACGAAAACCUCAUCUAUUAAAAUCAGUGAUGAUACAUUGAUUUUCGUUUGGUUUUGGAUCACUGAAACACAACCAGAUAGUCCCAGGCUAUGAGUAUUAUGAGUACUGGUAAACUGCUCAGUAUAGUGCGCUGCAUGAUAUGAUGUUACACCACGGAGCUUUGUGUUGAGUUUGCAAUUACAGGGUUACAAACAGAGUCAGCAGACCAGGCUUAAAAUACCUCUGGUUGUCACAACGAUGAGUCACAAAUGACACUGCCCUUUCAGAAGAAUCCCAGGCAUUUUUUCCUGUAUGUGACGAGCUUGGCUUUGUUCCAAACAAGUGUAGCACCAUAAAUAUUCUUCUUAGGUGAAUCAUUAAAGUGAGCCUGUUAGCUUUAAUGAUUUUCUGAUACAUCUGAUGCGUGUGACUUGUUUAACAUGGCCAAAAUGACUAAUAGUGAGGAGUCAAAUAUAUGCACAACCCAGCAAAAAAGGAAGAUUAAACAAAGUAUGAUUACAUUUAGAUUAAUUUAACAGUAAAUAACAUUAUUGUUUUUAUAUUUAGUUUGUGACUGAAAGGCUAUCUCCCCUGUCAUGUUAUACACUUUGCAGGAAAUUAGCAUAAUAAAAUAGCCAACAACAGUAUGUCUGUCCACUUUAAUUCUUACCCUGUUGGGGUUUGAAUAUGCAGGAGAUAAAUUUGGUAAAUUGCCUUCCCAAUCAAAAGAGAUAAGUGUUACUUGGCAGGUUUGCUUUCCGCUGUCAGGAUGAGUAAGAAGAUCAGGUUGCACUCUCAUACCUCUGGAAAGCUGCCCAAGAAGAACAAAGCUUCACUGGUGGGGGGCUGAAAGAAAGAGGUGUUGAAACAGCUUGUUAGACAGGAUUGACUGAAGGCCAGUGUAAUUGACCAGUAUUAGAAAGAUAGCUUUCAUUAAACUGUGAAUCAAGCUGAGUGUAAGCAGUUGAGCCCUAGCUUCAAGCCAAGAGCAAAUGGCUUUAAAUUUAUUUGUACAUUAAUCUUUGUCAGACACCCCCUACAUCUGUAACUUGGAACAUCUGGUGUUCUAUCCGGCUCUUGUUUGUUAAACACAUAAAUAAAAAGAUGAUCUUGCAUGAUUGUUUUUUUUUCCCCUCUCUUACUUUGCAGACUGAGUUGCCCUUCUUCAGCUGAAGUUGGAAGAAAUCAUUCAGAAAUGUGGAUGAGUACAUUUUCCCGUUUUGCCCGACCUGCCCUGCAGAGGACCACCUCUGUCAUGGCCUGUCAGGCUCUGAAGGCCUGUCGUAGACCAGGGAAGGCUGCACAUCCACUCACCUCUUGUGUGGCUUCGAUGCAGCUUCGAGGGCACCAGACCCUGGGAUCCGCCUCCCUCCCUCUGGCUCGCCACUCAGUGAGGCAUGUCCGGGCUCUGGAUGAGGAGAGGCUUAUGGAGGUGGAGUGGGAGGAUGGAGGCCAAAGUCUGUACCCAUUCACCUGGCUGAGAGACAACUGCCAGUGCCCAAUGUGUACUCUGGAGUCUGCUCAGGCUCGGAAACUGUUGAUGGCUGAUCUUGAUGUUUACACAGGAGUCGAUGUGGUGGAGGUCACCAAUGACAACAAGGUAGGCCAUUUCUUGACCUGUGUAUUCAGGGUUCACACACUCAGUGUGGAUGCUUAAAAUGGAAAAAGGUGAAUGUGAAAAUAAUUACACUGAUUAUAAGUGUCCCACAGCCUGCAUUUUCCCCCCAAAUUAAAUACCUUUGAAAGAGUCCUAUUAUACUCAUUAUCCUCUUUCAUUAUGUCAGUUUGGGGCACUUAGAGGGUAGCUUUCCAUGAUGUGCAUCUCAGAAAACUCCUUUAUAAAAAUACUGCCAUUGUUGAAAGCCCUCAUUUCAGCACUAUUCCGCCUCUGCCUGAAAUGCUCCAUUUUGGCUGCUUUUCCAUUGGUACAAAAUUGGACACAGCUUGUGGUUGUACUUUUCACACUGUUUUGCAACCUGUAGCAGACCGAAAAUCAGGCCUUUACAGAAGAAAAAAGAUUACUCUCCACCACGUUGUAAAUUGUCAUGCCUUGCAACUACAUCCUUGAAGCAGUUAUCCCCACUCCAAUCAGGUUAUAAAAAUCCUCAACUUUUCUGCCAAUGGUUUUGUUUACUUUUGAAGAUGCAUAGUUGUUACUUUCAGUCUGUUUCGUAACCAGCCAAAAACUUUUCACAGGAGCUUUAAAGAAUGACAUACAGAUGGUACUCUAAAUAGAUGAUUAAAGUUGAGUUAAGACUUGUAAAUAUAUUCCAGAGCUCAGGAGGUAUCUUGACAGUUUCAACUUUUGGAUUGGUUGGGUUUUUUUUGGCAAAGCAAGAUAUUUGAUGGCACCACCCUUGUCUCUUACAUUUACAGGUAUAAUGUUGAUGUUUUAUUCUCCAAAAUGUUAGUUUUAACGAACAAGAAGACAUCAGUUGCAGCUCUACAUCAUUUACUAAUCAUAGAGAUUUCAAGUUAAGAUCAUACAACCCAUUUUGUACUCAGCUACUAUAUCAUGUCAUUUCCACCUUGCAGACUGUUUAAGGGCAGCUGUCUGGUGAUUAAUUGUGGAGUUCUGUGAGGUCAGAUGAUCUAAUUUUGGCACACACACACACACAAACACACACACACGUUCAGUCUGACCUUUAAAGUCCUCAAAAGGAACCACCUUCAUGAGCUGCGUCCUUCAGACAUUCCUGUCCCUGAAGUUGGAUACAGCUAUAAACAGAUUUCUGUUGUGACAGAGCUCAAAGCUAAAGGUUCUCAGAAGCAUAUGCAUUACAUUUCCAGUUUUGUUUUCUUCAUCCUGCAAGAAAAUUUACUGGAUGACCGAUUAUAGUCAGCAGCUGCACACCUCUGGCAAUAGAUAUAAUUUUAUGACAGCACGGGCAGAUAAGCUGCGGUAUGUACAGAAAAGGAAACCAAAAUCUUAAAGGAAAGUAAAAAGAAGGACUGAAAACCAUGAAAACCUUCUUAAACAAGAAGUUUUCUUAAACAUAGCUUGAAAUAAAGAUGGUUUACUUUCACACAAUGGCAUACAUCACAGCAAAAUACAAAAGAGUGGAAACAUAGAAAAAGAGAGAGUAUGUUUUUAUGAACCAGAACCGAUUUUGUUGCUUGUCUCUCCACAGGUGUCUAUUGUGUGGCCUGACCAGCACACCAGUGUGUUUGAUGCAGAGUGGCUGAAAAAACGCUGUUUCUCUCCUGCCGCCAGACAAGCAGUGCAGGAAGAAUAUUUCCUCAAUAGUGAGUUGAGAUUUUUUUACUCUACAUAGCAGGACCUAUGUUAUAUCUGGAGUUUGUUUAUGCAGCCUUUUUAUACAGCCAAAAUACACACCUGUUUGCCUGUAGGACACUGGUUUUCAUGUAAGAUGAGUGAAGGUGCUUUAGUGGCAUUCUCCAGUUAAGAAUUGUGGGUUCUUCUGGUCUUUUAGCUCCUCUGUUCUUCACUAUCUACAGUCAUUUGGAGUUGUUUAUGGGAACUGCAGACUGAGAGGAUGGUGGCUUUAGUCUCCUUCUCUCUUAAAAUCAUUACACUAAUUUUUGGCUUUUGCACAGGCCAAAAUCUCAGGCCCCAAACCCAAAUAAAACUCUUUUUUUCUAAUACAAACAAAAUCAUUCACAGACUUGCAGACACAUGCAACAAAGGAGGGACAAAUGUAACUGUCAAUAUCACGGAGAAUCAUGCCCACAAAUAUUCAUACUAGGUUCAUUGCUCAAGCAUAGUCAAUUAAAUAGAAAAUACAAGAGCCCUCUUGGAUUUUUGCUGUUUCCCCCCUUUUUUACAUUCAUCCUUGAUCACCAUCAAAAAAACAAUAAACUAGUAUGCAAUCAGCACUUGUUCUGCACCCUUUACAUAAGCACACAUGUAGCGUCUGCAUCUCCUAGAUGAUCUGAGAGUGAUAGAAAGGUCUGCUGUUAUGUCUCUCCUAAAUGUACUGAGUCUCAUGUUAAAGAUGGAACUUGUGAUGCUGUUGUCACACCAUUUCUUGCAGCUUAUUACUGCUGAACAUUAACAGGCUCCGGAGUUUAUGAAAAAAAACUCCAUUGUAUUUUUAAUCAGAUGCUGCAGAUCAGAUUUCCUAUGCUGUGACCAAAACUCAUUUCAAGUCUGUCACUGACUUUUGUCUUCAGUAUUAAAGUUCCAUUCCAACAUAAUACUAAGUCAAGGAUUUAGACUCUAACAACAACAAAAAUAAAGCUGAAAAUGUGGGAUGUUGUACUGUCUUGCAUGACAAUGAAUACUUUUUUUAAGAGUGAGAAUGAACAUUAAAGUGUAGACAUGUGUGCUUUGGCAGUCUUAAACAAGGACACAAAGAAAUUAAAUCCUUCUGUCUGUCCCUUUUAUGUUUUAAUGUCUAAAUCUCAGCCGUCUUAUCCCCAUCAUAGGUGUAUCAAAGACUAUUUCAUGGUCAUUCAGCUGAAAUUAGUUUCCCCUGAAGUUAAUGUAAGAGACUUCUUGUUUUUGAUUUAAUCUGGAAUGACUGUUUUAAUGCACCUCACCUGUUUGUCUAAUCCAGAAAGAUUUUCUUCCCAGUGAACGCUGAGCUAUAAUGGACAACAUUAAAACAGUUUGUCCACACCGUCCUUGAAUGUGACAGGUUUUAAUUAGAAAAAGCAGGAAAGAGGUUCUUGUGAACUAAAUGCUUGUUGUCGUCUGUUAUGAAAAGUAAGCAGCAGUUUAAUCUCUGAUGUGUGAAUGUCAUCAAGAUGAAAAAGAAGUAAACUCUUUCUGCUAACCUGUCAUGUGGAAAAAAGAUGCCCUUGAUUUAAACCCUUCUUUCCACAGUUUCUCCUCAGAAACAUAGCAUGGUUGUUGUGGAGGAGAGGUUUUUUUUCUGAAACCUGGAAAGAGAAGUCAUUUUACAGUACAUUAACAAUGGCCCAAUUCACUUUACAGCCUGUCAGACAGCAGAGGAGAGAAAGUUUAGCUGAGGAACAAGGUAGCAGGGUUUCAGUGGAGCGGGGGAUGGACUAUAGUCCGUUUGUGAACACACACGUGGUCCUGUAGGACCUACAGGGCUGAGCGGCUCCUGCUCUGUUCCAGACUGAUUAAAGCUUUGAGUGUGUGUGGGGGGUGUGCGUGUGAGUGUGUGUGUGCAUGUGUGGCAGGGGACCUCUAUUCAUGUUGAAGUGUAAACAGAUUUCCCUCAUAGCACUUUGCAGACAGAUAGUCAUUUGGUAGUUUAGAUUUUCUAAGCUGUUUGUAGCACAGAGCCUGGAGCGCUCCUGGUAGACACUGCUAAGCUCAUCCACCAAAACACAAUGCAAGUUGACGUGCACACUCGCUGGGUUUAAUUAUUUCCUCCUGAGUGCCAGUCUGAAAUUCCUUUUACUGAAAAAUACUGGAAAAUGUUCUGAAAAUACGGAUGAUGAACAGCCUUCACCUCAGAGGAUUUCUCAUGUUCCCCUCCUUCACCUCUCUGUGACGAUAACUUGCUGAAGCAGAAUCCACAGUUUGAAUUUCUGUUUCCCUUUUCAUGCAGUGCACCUUCAUUUUACAGGCCCAAGUGUGCCUGUUAAAAUGUUCUCAACAGUGAAAGGCAAGCGCACACAGGACACCGUGAGGUCAAUAUGAAAAUUGGAGCGCUGGGGAUAUUAUUCAGCCAGUACGGUACCUCCUGCUUUUAAGUCUGAAGUAAUGUUUUUUUCUUCUGCUUUUACCGUUUCCAUGGAGUUGUACAACUCAAACCGCAGGAUGUAGUUCAGCAGCUGCUAUUAUUGAAGUGAGACAUGGAAGAGGUACUAUUCAAGGACACGUAUUACUCUAUAAAAACUUUUUCUGUACCCUUUUAUAUAUAUAUCAAAGCAUAUAGGAAUCAUAUGAGUUGGGCUGGAUAUCCGCCGUCAAUCCUUUCAGAAUAGUUAAUAGAGACAUUUUCUUUUUCUCAACUUUCUUUGACCGAAAACUUUGCUUUUAAAGGACCCUCAAUCCACCCUUGCUGAUAAGCCAGUUUUUUAAGGCGUUUAAUUGUAAACACACGUGUGAUUUUUCCGAUUUACAGUUCAGUCAAAACUUCCUCGAGGUUCAGUGAGUCUCCUCUGGAAACUGCAAAAUACAGUGGACCUUCUGACAGGCUGACUUCUGUAUAAAUGUGGGCCUUUUUUUAGACCCCCUGUCUCUGUUUCAGCCAUAUGGAAAACUGAUUUUAGAGCGAGGGUCAAGAAAAGAUCUGCAUGUUCUUACCAAACACAAGCUCACCGUUGUCCGUAUUUCCUUCCCUGGGAACGAUACAAAUCCCAGAGCCCGUCUGUAUGUGUAACCAGGAAUUUAAGCCCACACUGUCUGCUGUUAAAGACUGAGAGGUUUGUUAUUGACGUCUACUUCCUAAAACUGAAAUUAUAAACUAUCUUUAACGGUGAGAUUUGAACUUCAACACUUAAACCACACAUUUCUAUCAGCUGUUUGGUAGCUGUGUCCUUGUUCUCUUCAACAAAGCGCCCACUCCCUGCUUUGUGUGUUACUUUUUCAACAUUUAAUGCCAGUAUGAAAAUAAGUCUGAAGCUUUUACCACCAUGCUGUCAUAUUUGUGUUUCUAAACAAACACAUUCAUCUCUUUAAAAGCCAGCAGAAUUGUAUAAUCUCAUUCAAAGAUGGGUUCAGGACCUCUGAUUUUGACAAGUGCUGUUCUCUUGCUGUCAUGUGGGCUUUGAACUUUUCACGUCACCUCAGAAGAGAGUCCUGAUGCUGAGCCGCUCUCACGAAUGUCAAAAGCUUUUGUCACUCACGGCCUUAUCUGCAGUGACUCUUCCUCUCACCGAUAAAUCUGUCAGUGAUUUACUCAAACGGCUGCCAGAUGCUUUUAAUAUUUUGAACCUUGUCAUCGUCACGGGCCUCCCAUUUUGCGCUUGUCGUGUUUACUCAGUCGGGGUCGGGAUCAUGACUAAUUUCACGUCACUGGUGGUUAAAAGCUGGAUGUGAAAAAAGUGAAAUUGAAUAUUAGAAAUGGAAAAAUGUGCCAGACCACAAAGCUCACAGCCUCUUUCUUCCAGACUUAUCCACAGGCUCACGUCAGGAGUUUGUGAAAGAAGUCUCUCUUCUUAAAUUCAAUAAUGAAUUGAAUUGCUUUCCUUCAAUAAGGUGAAAUGGCUUGUCAUUUUGGUAACAAGUAGAGUCGUUUUGCUGUGAUCACUCAGAGUAACUGCAUCAAGUUGUCCUAAUAGAAUUAAGUAUCACCGUGUGGCCAUCUCUCUGGCCCACAGGUCUCAGUCUAAUGUGGUUUACACAGCUCAUGCUUGAAUGGUAGGUUGAUCAUGUGGAGCUAAGAAACAGAAAAGGUGAGAACUGUUAGCCUCUGUUUAUUAUAGUUAUUUGCAGAUCGCUCUUUUUUCCUCUAGCUCCUCCAGCCAAUAAGUCAAUUUGUUUUAGUAGAGGAACAAAAGCCAAGUUAAAGAUUAGAAUCCAUAGUAGGAAAAAAGCAGCAUCUCUUAUCAGUUUGCUGAUUUUGUCAUGAACCCUCCUGAUCACAGUGAUUUCAGGCCUUAAAGCUUAUUCACUGCUGCUGUACUUCAAACGUGAUGAGGGGCUAUUCACUGUACAAAAACAUAUAGAUCUUCAUGCACAAACACUGCACAAGAUUCAUGUUUCCUUACCUGUCACUGAGAGUUAUGAAGAAACUAAACAGAAACACAUGACAUCAGGUAUUACAAAUUGUUUAAAAAAGUUGUAACAUUUCCAUGAUGCAAGAGUCUGGGUGUAGAUGAUGUCUGGAGCCCAAAGGGAGAGUGAACUUUCACCUCAUACAGGUACUGUUCAUCAAAUCAGAAAAACCAGCACACUUCAAAUAAAAGAAUAAUGAUUCCAAAACCAAUAACCUCAAAGUCUGAUCUUUCACACAGAGCGCUUCAUUCAUUUGACCUUAAAGUUAAAAAAGACCUUGUUAAACACAGUAGUUUUUGCCAUAGACUUUAAAGACUAGCUGAAAUUCAAGUUCCUCUUCCUUUGUGAAUUGAAACUUUUAUGGUCCCUCACUGUGAAUAGACACAGAUCUAUAAAAGAGCCCUCAACAUGAGGCUGUUCAAUAAAUGAGUACACACGAUCAGUCAUAAAAUGUCAUGGAGGUGUAAGCCAGUAUGCUGAGAAAUGUCAGGCCAGUAUGCUGAACAAAUUUACUUAAAUUUAUAGUUGGAGAGUGUCUCUAGAGAGAAACGCUGAUGACACUUAAGGUGCGAUGAGAUUUCUCUCAUUAUAACAGCUGUCGCUGGUAAUUCUGUCGCUGGCCUGCCAAAAAAUGUCCCUAGUUUAUAGUUUCAGCCCAACUGUAAAAAGAAUCUAACCUUUAACUGUGGGGAUUUUCUGUCAAAAUAUUCCUGGCACUUCACCUUGUUUUUACCCCAACUCUCUGGUCUUAAUUAAUCUUCACUUUCUUUAAGUCUCUGUGGAGCUGUCAGUCGUCUGACAAAGGCCACACCUGCUCUGUGUGCUUACAGGAUGGAAAAUUUCCCCUGCAGCGUGAACUUUACAGUAGACGGUGACACUGUCUAUAUUGUGUGUGUUAACACAGUGAGAAGCAGGUACAGACUGAUGAUCCCCAGAAGGCUUAGCUUCUGGUGAAAUGCUUCUUUAUUGUCGAACAAAAGUGUCAACAAUAAAUCAAUCCUGAACUCCACCAAAAGGGAAAACAUCAAUUUCAAAGGAUUUCCUCUGGUGUCUUGUCUUGUGAAUAAUUUGAACGAGUUUUUGACCAGAAGUUCAGGAUAGUUGGUUCGACUAUCCUUUGGGUUUUAACAGUUUGCACAUGUCGACCUAUUUGCCUUUGGAGACACAUUAUGUAAACAUAACUGCUUGCAUACUGUCUUACAUAAUGUAAACAUAGCUGUUUCAAUGUUGUCUUAUAAUUUGCUCUGUAGAACAAUCUGCAUAAGGACCUAAGGGGGAGCUUUAAGUGUCGGAGCCUUUGAGUAGAAACUUUGAAACCAACCUUUCAGUCUGCCAGGGCAGGAUUGAACGAAAAUGUGCUCCGGCUUUUAUUUUUUGUCCAAAGCAAAAAAAAGAACCUUUAACAUUUGGUUAAACAUGGCAAAAAGCAUCAAUUUUUAAAAAAUUUGUCAGCUCAUUAAUCCUCAUUAAUACUCGUGAGGCUCUUUCUGUCCCUCUGCUUUACUAUCACACACCUAACAGCCUUACUCGCUAAUUUCUUUGGUACAGAUUUUUUUUUUUUCCUGGGCUCUCAGUCCAGGAGUCAGAGGUUUUUCUUGCAUCACAGCUGCUCCAUCAAUAAAACAAAAAUUAUUGACUUAAUACAAAGACUUGAAAAUUUGAUGCAACAUUUCAAACCUGAAAGUUGUCAGAGGCCUUCAGCAGACUUUUGAUCUGGAUUGAGCCGCAGUAUAUAUGAUUUUACAGUAGUUGUGGUUCCUCUAAAGUCGACUCAUGUUAUGCUUUGCUCUCAAACACAUGAUAAAUCUUCAUAAAGCUCAAUGAUCCAUGUAUAGCCGUUUAGAAAGAGGUUCUACAGGAACAAAGUUAAAGUGAUUUCCAGGCUUACCUUUUUAGUUUAGUUUUUGGAUUGCUUGUGACAAUCAUUUCCACUGAUUACGGUAUUAAUCAAUUACUUCACCAUUACAGUGGGACAUUUAUUGUAAACUUCCUGACCAGGCAGCCUGAGGCUCUCCUAAACACUCUGUCUCUUGACUUUGGACUUUUCUCCAUCAAGUCUUCUGGCUUGUUGUAUAAUUGAACCAAGUAGCAGCUGAUUUGUCAAUUUCCCGUCUGUGUGGUGUUUCCCCCUUUGCCAUCUGGUCUGAAUUUAACCUUCUAUGUCAUCACUCGUCAGUUGACAGAGAGGCUCCUGGAAACUUAGCGGUGGAGGUCCAUCCAUGGAAAACCUUGUAUCCCUCCAAACCUGACCCCCUUCUUCUUUUUUUCAAACACCAUUUCCAGCCUCAGCAGAACACGUGCGUGCAAACACGUGUGCAUGCUGCGUUAUCAGGCUGAAAGGAAUUUGAAGAAUCUCAACGGUGAACUGUGACUUCAGUGUUUUCGUUUGUCAAAGUUAGUUUUAAUCAUCAUGCAUUGUGUCUUAAUAGACUGCUGAGGGUUUUAACAGCUCAACUCUGUUGAACGUAACAGAAGUCAGCCAAAAACUUCAACACAGAGGAUGUCUUUUUAAGGAGAUCUGGGAUGUCGUUCAAUAAAUAUAGCCAUUUUUCACCCACACCAUUAAUUUUUUUUCACUUUGUGUUUCUGUUGUUCCCACACAGAUCAGCUAUAUUUGGAUUCAUUUCUUUUUCCUCUGUCAUCACUCUUGAAAUCUUGACUCCUCUACAUCAGACUGCACAGAGAACUGGGUGGUUAGAAUGAGUGAAUUUUUUCACUUCUCUGGUGAGUUCAGCCUCCUGCUUGGCUCUUUGAAUAGUACCGUAAGCACUGAGUUGAGGUUGGCAAAGAGAAGCUAAUUUGACAAACUACUGCAAGGCUCAGUGGAGAUUUUUUGGGAACCCAAACUUGCUGAUGGAGAAAGAGGAGGAUUGGAUUAGUGUGAAUGUGGUGUGUGGCAGGCCUGCAGCUCUCCGGUGAGAAAACACUGCUCCCUGUGUCUCCUCCAAAGCAGGACUGCAGACUGAGGCUGGCUGCUCUGUCCUCCAGGUCGGUUACAGAGAUAAAGGUGUGUUUGUUCAAUUAAUGGCGGGUGGAGUGAGUUUCUCCUAGCUCCCUUGUUGAUUCACACACACACACAAGUUAUGAGAACACACAUACAUGCUGGUUGUUGACUGGAAUAUAAAUGAGAACACAGUUUCCUCUUUGUUUUUUUAAUGUCUGGACUAAGAGGUCUGGUAAUGUCAUCUUGGCAGCACAGUAAUAUAACGUCUGAUAUGUCUUCUCAAGAAUAAAGAUCAUCAAUCAUUAAGCAGAUUUUCUUCUUGCAGCUGUUCAAAAACUGACUAAGGGAGUGGAAACCUGUUUUGAAUAACAGUCAGUCUGUCCUCACUUAUCAAAUUUAGAAACAGAGAGGAAAACAAAGUUAAUUAUUUAUGACUGGAUGUGAUGAAUCAGAAAUUUAGUGAGAUACACUGCUUUAAGAAACAGCUGAUAUGACAGAAUGACGUAAAUUGUAAAGGUCACUGUCAGAUUCUGCACAGGAUGUUGAUUAAACGUUUGCUAAAGGUGAUUUAGCAGAUGUUUGUGUCAAAGUUUGUAAUAUUUAAGAUUUUGAGAGAACUUUUUCUUUUUUAUUACUGCCAAUCAUUUUGUGAAGUAUCAUUUAUUGAUGAUGAAUUCAUGAAUUACUUGUAAUCGGGACCAGUAUAAGAACUGUGAAACCAAUACUGGUCGACCUCUAUGGUAUGUCAUUGACUAAUUUCAGCUACAGCUACAGCUGAUGUCAGUUGCCAAUAUUUAUCAGUGUUUGUCGCAUUGAUCUAAUGCUCUGAUGCUGAUAUGGCUCACUGCUAAUUCAGAGGAUAGCUUGUUUUAUUGGGAGACACCUGCUGAUUAAACGUAAGCAUAAGUAUUGGCCCUUAUUUUUACAGUUGGGGUGUCCACACAAAAAACACACAUCCUAAUACAUACUUAAAAUACGAUGGAGUAUUGGGGCCACACUAAGAAAAAAAAAAUCAAGACUUCGAGAUUAAAGUCGUGACUAACAAGAAUAAAGUUGCAGUAAAAUUAUUACGGGAAUAAAGUCGUAAUAAAAUCAUCAUUUACAAGAAUAAAGUCGUAAUAAAAUCAUUACUUACGAGAAUAAUUACGACUUUAUUCUCGUAAGUAGUUAUGAAGUCUUAAUUUUUUUUUCUUAAUGUGGCCCUAAUACGCCGUUUUAUUAGAAACGUAUUCAAAUUUUAAAAAAUUAACUUUUAAGUUAUGUUCUGUUCUGUUUGGUAGUCAUACUGACAAAAAAAAGCACAUUUAUAUGAUGAUCAUAUCAUUCAUAAGUAGGGGUGUCCCAAUACGAUAUUGGUAUCAGGCCGAUAUCAGCAAAAAAACGAAUGAUAAUUAUAUCGGCCUGCAUCUAAAAUCUCAGAUACAAGCAGUCCAUUUCAGACUCUGAAACUUCAUUCAAAAUUCCCUUUUUAGAUGUAUCUCACACAAGAAAAAAAAUCCACUUUACUUUCUUGCCAACAUCUGAAAAGCCUGUCUUUAGUUUUACUCUUGCCUCUUAGUAGUUCUCUUGGUCUAUUUUUCUCCUCCAUCAAUAUUCUCAUCCGAUUCUUUGACUCUCCCGUGAGGAUGUACACCGAGAAUAAGUAUGAGAUAAGACUGAUAACAGGAGAUGUUUACCAUCAGCCUUUCUGCCAGAGAUUUAUGAUGCACUUUCACAGAAAGAUGGUACACUUUCAGCUGAAGUUACAUGGUCCAAGAAAAGCAAUUCAUAUCCUGAGAGAGUAAAAACAGGUUACAUUCUCUUUCUUUUUACAGUAGUAGAAUUUUACAUCAGGAAUAAAAAGAGAGAAAGAAGUUUUUUUUUAUUGUUUUGCAUUUCAGGAAAAAAAGAGUUGAUAGAUCAUAAAAAGAAGAUGAAAUAUCAAGAACAAUGUACAGUGUGAAACAUCACAAAAUUGAAGCAAAGUUAUGAAAAAGCCCUUCGUUUCACUUUGUUAUAUGGCAGGACCCUCUGCUCUUCCUCUCUAAUAAGUUCAUUUUAAUAAGAAUUUUUUAACCUUAAAAUUUCAGGUUAAAAUGUAACAGAGUUGCCUCUAUAAUGGCGCUUAAAUAAUUUAACAUUUUUAAACUCCAACACCAGCUUUAUUGACUUUUCACUCAAAAUCCUAGAAGUUGAGUGGCUCUUCAUAUCACAUAGCUUUCCUUCAGUAGAUCUCUCAAAGUGAACCCAGCAGCUUGAAUCUAACACAUAAAGCCCAUUUUCCCUCAAAAAUAGAAAGAGGUGUUUUUUCUUUGAUGGCCAUCUGGCUCUGAGCCCUCUGCUGUGUGCAUUCCUCGGUCUGCCCGCUGAAGUGAGCUGAUCAGAGCUCUGUGAUAAAAGUUAACCAAGUCAAAACAAAAGCUCUGUAGAUAACUGCAGCGUUUCAAGCAGCUUUGAAGGCUCUUUCAGCCGCAGAGCCGAGCGGAGCAGUCCUCUGAGCCAAAACAGAACUCAGUGAGAAGAGAGCCAAACUGCCAUGAGCUGCCUGACAGCCACAGGAGCCGCAGCUUCAGGUUUCCUCAUCUGGAAAAGCCACUGUAGCCGACCACAAUCAGGGAGGAGCAGGAGACGGGAUUAUUUACAUAUACUAUCUUGUCACAAUGUUUUAGGUCUCUCUUGAAACUCACAGCAGCACAUUCCUUCUCAGGAAAAACCUGGAUGUACAGACAUGAGAGGUCUGACGUCUGAUUGUUUCCUUUGUCUGGCCACUUGAGAGCAGUGAAAACAAGUAGUAAACACAACGCUGACAACUAAUUAGUUUUAAGGCUUGAAACCUGAGCAAACACUUGUUUAUUCAAAGACAAUCAGUUGUCGAGCAGCGUCAACAUACAUCCUGUGCCAACCUGGUGAAUGGAAGUUCAGUAUUGACUCUCUCAGCUGUAUUUUGUUUUCUACCAACUCCUCAUGAACGCAUGUGUCUCUAACCUGUUGAUUUACUCAUCUACCAGUGAGUGGUGUUCAGUUUUAAGAGGGUGAGACAUGAAACUGAAACAAAUCAGUUAAGAUUUGAUCCAGUUGUCAAUCAAGGAGCUAAAACUUAAAGCGAUAUUCUGGCAUAAAAUUAAUUUAGGGUCAAACACACCAUAACACCAAGUUAGACACCCCCUCGAGAGAUAAAUGUUGUCGACCGCUUGCUUCUCUAGUUAUACCAACUUUAGUAACGACCGCAGGAUAGCAAUACACAACGGUCUGAGGAGCCAUAAACAAACAUCAACCAAAACGCCACUCUAUAGCCACAAAUAAUGCUCAGAACAGCACCUAACGUAAUGUAAGGCAAUUUUUGGUAAAAACUUGAUAAUCACAAUUUAGAAACCACUGAGAAGACUUCAAGUAGUAAAAAAAAAAAAAGACUUCAGAACUGCUCCAAGGAACUUUCAGUUUGUGUCUAAUUUGUUGCCCCUGCGGGAAAAGAGGUUCAUCUUAUCAUCAGGCUGAUCUUGUCCUGUACAUAGAUAAGUAGAAACAGGAUGUUUCCUCAGCAGGCUGUCAAUCAUGUCGUCUGACAUUCACCCCCUCACAGCAGUUUCAAAGUUCCAGUAUUGAAACAGUCGGUCUCGUCUGCUUCUGUAGAUCAUAAAAAGCAUCAGAAUCACUUUCAGUCUGUUUCAUAUCCAGUCAAAAACUCCUCAUGGAAGUUUCAAACAAACUUAACAUUCCAGCUUUUGAUCUCAGUCCUAAUGUCCUGUCUGCAACUUUUUAACAGGACUUCAACAUGCAGCAGUUUGAGUACAAAAGCCCUUUAUUUGUGCUUUAAUCUGAAGCGGGUGUGAGCUGACUAAUGACCAGGACUUCCCUAUUAUCUUUGUAUCUAAGAUUUAUGAUUGUAUUUUCCAGUUAUAAACAAGCACAUCUGUGAGGCUGUGAUUAAAAAGCAGAUUUUCGUGCAAAGUUCUCCUCUAUUGUGUCCGACCUGGCUCGACAGAAGCGAGCGUGAUAAGUGUUCAGAAUAAGAUCUGGGCUGAACUGCAGCCAGGACUUCACAGCUGAUGUAUAUGCACGCUGCGACCGGCGCUGUAGCCUCUUUGUCACGAGUGACACCGUAAACCACAAGGCCAAAACACUGCAGAGGCCUUACAAGACAUCCAGGUCCAGUUUAACAAGAGUAAUUGUAACAUUCAGGCUUGACCUUUGCCCCAAAUUCUCAUCCUCCACCCCUGUUUCCCUCCACCCUCUUGACAAGUUUUAACAAGCGGGGGGUUCCUGACCCUUUGAACUGUCGGACCAGAAGCUGAUUGUUUGUGACAACAGCCUGGAGGGAGGUCUGCAAGUCAUGGUGAUCACUGUGUUCAUGACUGAUGUUGCAUCCCUGAGUACUGUGUGCCUCACUGCUGUAAAAAAAAAGAGGGGGCUCUGAAAUUCCUCUGCACCAGUUAAAGACUGAGUGUUUCAACUGUAAGUCUUUACAGCCCUCUAAACAAGCGGACACAUCAUCUUUGAAUCUCUCAGACACUUUAAAGAAAGAUAAAUUAUGCAUGGAGUCCACACAGCUUACCCUGCUGAGUGUCCGUUUCCUGCAGCCUCGUAAUCUGUUUGUGAUGCACUUAUUUGAGAAGUUGUUUUGGAGUUUCUGGGGAUGGAAAGAGAUUCAAAGAGGAGUUACAAACAGACAGGUACACAAUCUUCUGAGCUAAACCCUCCACCUCCGCCUCCUCCUCCUGCAAAUGUACUUAGCAGCUGUUUCUGAGGAAGUCACUGGAGAGAGGCUGCAUGGAAAAAGGAGUCGGGCCAGCUGGGUGGAGAGCAGUGGGAGGAUUUUUUCCACUUCUGUCUGUCUGACAGAGAGGGCCUGAUUUUUCUCAGCCAGCUAUUCAUCCUGAAGUUUUCAGACCAGAGCACGCAGCGGCAACAUUUUCAAAGUCAGACAAAGAGGGCCAAAGAUGUAUGGGAUUGAUGGUUUCUGAAUCAUAGCAAAUAUUCAAUCUCUCAUAAAUUUAGGUAUCUAUGAUAGAAGUUUGAACAUUUUUAUUAUUUUUUUUUUUAGUAGCCAGGAAAAAUCUGUGACACAUGUUUGAUGUGUUUAAUUCAUUGGAAUGUGUGUAUACUUGAUUUUCCACUAGACUGCCUCUAGUCUUCACCUACAUAGUUUCCAUAUAUUAUAUGACUUUAUUUAUUUCAUCCCUGGAAAAAUUCCCUGUCCUUGAGUUUGCAGUGAUGUAUGUUGAUGGAAAGUCUUAAGAGUGGCCAUGAUCUCUCUGCUGCACGUCUGCCUGGUUCUGGUCCAUUUUAUCAGUUAAGCCAAACUAUGUUCAUAUCAGACAGUCCCAGACAGUGAUUUUAAUCCGAACCCCUGAAACUAACCCUAAACACCCAGUCGAGGAUUGCAAGGUGGUGAUUGUGGUUAACGUAACCUGAACACUUGUAAAAAUUUUGACAUUUUUCCUAGUUAUUUUAUGUACCUAUCGACCUCAAUUUUAAGGCAAACUAUUGACAAGUUUAAAGGUUAUUUCUCAUUCAGUCUUUAGGAGAGACCUUACAGGAGAGUAUAUCAGAAAGUCAUUUGUGCAGGUCAAAGGGCGUGGCCAUGGCGACCUUUUCACUUUGAAGGUUUGACACCAUAAAUGAGCAACAUCACUCAAAGGCAGAGCAUUGCAUGGGGGAUGAAAGGCAGUACGACAGAGAGGUGGUCCACCGGGGAGGCGGCGCAACACAGCGUAGGGCCCGUUGGUGCCCUGUGGGGCGCUAGUUUUUAUUAGUAUUGAGAUCACCAUUAUCUAAUACAGUUACUAAUGAACUGGCAUCUGCAUCACAGACAUUCACAGACGUUAAAAACUCCUAAAUCUCAAACACUCUGAGCUCCCUUAAAAACAAAAAAAUAAUAAAAUCAAAAUGAACGUUAUAAAAAACCGUGUAAGGGGUUGAAGUGAGGGGGGAAACUCAGAUGAACAAGGAUUGAAAGGGACUGUGUUUCAAUUCUUUGACUUAAUUUUGGUGUUAAUACUCUUUAAGUGACAGACUCUUACUUGUAGUUGAAAAUACAGCAGUCUACAAUAAACAGCAUGAUUUUCCUGCAGUCCUCAACCAUAAGACAGAGCAGUCACUCUGCUUUUAUGGAAGAGAGGAAGGAUGCACAGCAUUUACGAUACUGAGACACAGCAGGUGGUCGAGAUAAUCAUAUUUGUAUAAUCAUUGGGAGUCAGAGUCAUGAAGGAAACUGAAACCUAAUAAUUUACAAACUCUAAUAACAAUAUGUUCAUGACAUUUAUGAAAAAAAAACUUUUUAAUCAAACUGGAGAAAGCAAGAUGAGGGUGGGGCCACACUUUACUUCAUAAACUUCGCAGUUACACAUCUUUUCACAAACAACCCGUCUGUUUUACACAAUCCCAAAAUUCUUACCGAAGUUAAGGAGGUAUCUCACAAAGACAGAUAUUACUCUAUGAUAAAACCACAACAGGCCUUAAAACAUGUCAUGUCUAUGCACUUAUUAUAGAGCUAGUCAUGUUGUGAUGAUGGAGAGUUUUAGAGAAUAUGACUCUGUGUCCUAGAGAAGAGGGUGAUAAACUACAAAAGUCAAAUAAAGAUAAAGUGACAAUGAAACCCUGAAAAGAGCAGUUGUAAUAUGGUUUUUGUUUGUUUGUUUGUUUGUUUAUGGAGCAGCUAUGGGGCAGGCCAAAGACUCACUGGAUGGAAAAGCUUCAUGUUGGCGCACGCCAGACGCAGCUUAUUUCCAGUCAGAAAAACAAACACAAACCACAAGAAAAGAGCCUGCUCUAUAUGUAUGUAAAUCUCUGCUUCGAUGAAAUGACAUUUCUUCCAUUUGCUCGAUCUCAUUUCAGAGCGUUAUUACUGGGACUCCAAACUGCGCAUCCCCACAGCAGACUUUGAUGAAGUCCUGCAUGAUGAUAAGGCGGCGCUGGCCUGGCUGUUGGCCCUCCGUCGUGUUGGCAUCGUGUACCUGAAAGGGGCUCCGGUAGAUCAAGGCCAAGUAGCCAGACUGGCUGAGAGGAUUGGCUAUCUCAGGCUGACAUUUUACGGGUAAGACACACUGACGUUCAUCCAUUUUCCUCCAGUCAUCCUCAGCCAAGACACUGUUUCAUAAUCCUACUUCUCACUAAAUCUUAGACUACUGAGUUUUCCACUGAUCAAAUCAAGUUGGAGCCCAAAUCGGUGUUAUUAUGAGGAGUUAAAUAAAAUUGGCCCAUUUUUCAUCUAAUGUUUUAGGCGUUGAGAAAUAAGGGAGUAGAAAAUUGCGAUGAAAGAAGCUCUAAGAUUCUCAUUUUACAAAAUUAAUGUUUAGGAAAAUAUGUCCUCAAGUCAAUUAUGUGCAGCUUUGAUUCAUGUCUGUCUCAUGGAGACGCUCAGAGGUGUCUGCGGGUCUUUCAUCACACCAGGGUUCAUCACUUUGACUUAGUGCAGAGCUGAUUACUCGAGGACAGGGACGAGGAAAACAACUCUGAAGCAUUCCAGCUUUUUUUUUUUUAAGCCAGAGGAAUUACCUGGUGCACUCAGUCAGAACAGAGGUUUGGAGCGUAAAGCUUCCACUCUGCCAGCAGAUGAGCUCAUGCUGUUGGAAGCGAAAAGACCGCAGACUUAAAGCUGAAGGCCUGCCAUCAGAGAAACUAGACCGCGUUUACGAGCCGGGCAUCCAAACGAGGCAUGCAAACAGAACAUGGAAGAUAACUUUACCUCAUUAGUGCUCGACUCCUGCUGCAUCUCAAUGAGUCGUCGACUUCACAGGCAGCAGUCUGUGCAUUCCUGUGAAGCUGCCCACUUUUCCCCCUCAGGGAACCCUGCAAAGUUCAUCUCAUCUCUUCUUCUCUUCCUCCUCACAGCCUAAUUGUUGCUGCUUAUCUUCUGAAGCCAAAGUUAAAUAAUUAACGAGGAGUUUAUUAAUGAAUGUUAUCUUUGUCCUCAGGCACACAUGGCAAGUCCAGGACAAAUACAUGGCAAACAAUGUAGCCUACACCUCAGGAAGGCUCAGUCUGCACACAGACUACCCUGCUCUGCACUUUGCACCUGGAGUGAGUAAAUCUGAUUUGUAUGCUCGAUUUAGAGCAUCAGACCGGGAUGGUAUCACUUAUGGGUUUAUAUGUUGCUUUUAUCGUUUCAGCGCUGGAAUUUGUUGAAGUUUGCUAAAUGAGCAUUUGUGUGGCAUGUGUGUGUGCGUGUUUUCCUGACAUAGGUGCAGUUUCUCCACUGCGUCACUCAGGCGGUGGAAGGGGGAGAGAGCGAGGUGGUGGACGGCUUCCACAUGGCUGAGCAGCUGCAGAGAGAAGACCCAGAGGCCUUCAGGACUCUCACCUCACUCCCCGUGGACUUCACCGACACGGGGACAGACUACUGCGACUUCAUGCUGCAGUCCAAGAAAUGCAUCAUCGAGUGAGUGGAGACGGGCGCUGUCAGAUCACCUGUUGUUUUUGUUUUUCACACAGUUGCUGUCUCUACAUGAAGUACAGUGUCAGACAUCAAAAUGGACUUGCAUUUCUAACAGACAUGCUGAGGUAAAAUUCCUCAGAGGGAGAGGGUUUGUGUGUGAUGGGAACACGUCUGAUCUGAAAUGAGAGACUGCCAUCUGCUGUUCAGAAUUAAUACGCCCUCAAAAAUCAGUCAGACGGCCUGUGAAAGCUGAUGAUCAUGUGUCAACACUUAUUUUCCACGGAGCUUUCCUUUAAGCUCCUGUGAGGGAUUCUCAGCUGUUAUCAAACAGACUGAAAUUCACAUUGAUGCAAAGAGACCAUCAACAUGAAGAGUGAUUAUUACUGUACAGAGAUUUUAGUGUCCGGCUCUGCUGGGUUGGGGUCGGUGUGAGUCUAAGUGAUUAAAUGCACACUGCUGAGAGCGAUAGCUUUUGAGUUUUCUGUUGUUAAGAUUUAAGACAAGUCAAACAUUAAAGUUUAACAACAAAGCAGGGUGACGUUUUUAAAAUCAUCACAGGAAGUAAGGGGGUGGUAAGUCUGGGUGAUUUAGCCAAAAAAAUAAGAUCUCUGAUUUUUAAUCAUUUUUUUCCUCCUUCUUAGGGGACAAAAAAACUCAUCCUGUGACUUUUGAUGGUCCAAUGUUUCAUUAACUGUUACCUACCCCUUAUGCAUCAGCUUCAGGCAUCAAAAAUUAGAAUUAGAAAAUGUCAGUCUUGUCACUGAUGGUUCUUUUGUUAGUUUGUUUCUGGAAAUCAGGAAAAGGGAACAAUAUGAAUCUAUUUCAUAAAGGUAAAGAAAAAACUCCCCACAGGAGCUUUAAAUAGGGUUUAAUAAAAGUCUGAAUUACCACGUCGCCACUUUUGAGGACAGCUUCCCGCUGAGCAACAGACGGCUAUUAGACGUCUAGUUUUUUUUCUUUUAGACAUAAUUUCAAUCGUCUAGACUCUGUAUAUUUUUAGACAGAAUUUAGACGUUGUACUUUUAUUCAAUAACUAUUUAUUUCAAAAAGCAACUGUGAGUUUCAUAACUGAUCUCCAAGUACUUCACCAAAAUAAUAAUGAUAGCUGUUGAGCAAUAUACAGUGUAGUACAGAUAUAGCCCAGAUUUAGAUUUGGUCUAAACUUGCUCUAAAUUUAGACAUCGAUUAGACAUUUUAGACCAAAAAAUGCUCAGUGGGUUAAAACCUUCCUUCCAUAUAUUGAGAGGCAAACCCCCCUGAAAGUGAGCAGCCCAGGUGUGACUUCAACCAACAGACCUUCAUCACAUGUUCAUGUCUCUCUCUCUGUCUUCCUAGUUUUCUGCUGUAUCUAGUGUCCCAGCUCUCAAUAAAAUAAGAGGGUUACGAUUCGGGUUAAGUAAGACCCAGGGUUUUUUUGUUGCCAAUAAUUUCGACUGUUAGUUUGACAUAAACCUGUUUUUCCUCCCCCUCUCUGAGCAGUGUUGAUCCUGAGGGCCGAGUGGCGAGGAUAAACUACAACAACGCCACCAGAGACUCAGUGCUGGACCUCCCCUUACAUAAGGUGCAGCCCUUCUACAGAGCACUGAAGUCCUACGUGACCAUCAUGAACCGACCAGAGAAUGUGGUCACGUACACCAUGCAGCCAGGUCAGUGUGCCACCCGUCAUACCCAACCUACAUAAAACAAUAAGGAUAAGUUUCUCCUUCACCACAAGUACAGCAGGAGAGUCUGUGAGUCCGAUUUUUGUUUUCCUGGGAUGAGAAAUGAACAAAUUGAGUAAAAGAAAACAACAGUAGAGAACUAAAGAUCCACUCUGUACGAUACCGGAGCCCAGUCACAUGAACUGGUGCGAUGAUAUGCAACAACAUCUUUGUCAUCAACAAGGUCAUGAUGACAUCAGGCAUAUGAAUGUGGUCUCCUUCACUGUGAAACAAAUCCGAUUAGCAGAGUCCUCCGCUGUGACCCUCUCUGACUAAUCAUGGCUCAGGGACGAGUCUCCUGCAGCGACAGUCAAAGAGUCUCCGAUGAUGAACGAGAUUUUCAGGACAUCAAAGAGCAGCAGGCGGACGCUUUUAGUAAGGAGACAGGAUUUCUAAAGCAGCGUGCGAGGUUCAGACCUCCAUGUUGGAAAUCAUCCAUCCUGACAGCAACCUUGAGUUUACUUGAAGGGUUUAGUGUGAUUCAAACAAACAUGUUUGUGUACGGCAUCCAACCAUUAAGACACAGACGCUGCUGUCAAGGUGAGGACAGGUGUUAUGAAGUGACCGUGAGUGUUAUAGAGAGUCACUAAACCCCCUCAGCUGUUCAGCAAACUUCAGCGAUAGCUGAGCAACAGUAAGAAGGGAAGGAAAGAGAGUUUGCUGAUGUGAAUGUGGACAUGCUGUGCUGUUUUUAUAGAAAUGGAUGUAUCUGCCAAACCAGUUUAUUUAAGUGCAUUUUGGGUGGAAGGAUGUUAUACAGACGUGCUAAAACUAUGAGCAAAUCAUGACUGAGUUAUACUUUAUUAACACGAUGCCAAAAGUCGUCCCAUUUGCCAGUGGAUAAUGGAGUAUUAUCAAGCGUACACACAGCCUGUUAAUUAACACACAUCGAAAACAUGGUUCACUGCUGCCAAUUAAAACAACACACUGGGUUCAAGCUCAACACAACCAUGAGGAUGAAUACUGAGCAAUGAAAAGUACGGCUGCACUUCAUUAUUAAAAAACCCUCAUUAUUUCACAGAGUGCAGUUUAUAAACCCCCUCCAUUCAGAGUGUGAUUUAACAUAGAAGACUCACCGGUGACCUCCUCAGGUCUAAAACCCGGAUAUGUUGCCUGUCACUUCUUUCAUGAGUAUUUAAGAGAAUUCAUCUUCUUAUCAACAAAGUGACAUCUGCUGAAAUUUGACAUUUUGCAAUGUGUGCAAUACACAACAUGGCUGCAGAUCACCAAAUAAGAGUCAAGACAUGCUGUUUAGAAUAAUAUAAUAGACCUCAAUCUUAAUAAGUUAAAAGAAAAAUGAGAGAAAAUAUGCCCAAGUUCACAUCUUCAGUCUCUGAAUCAACUGCAUCCUGUUGUCAAUCAACCUAAAACAGAUGGUGCACAGUGUAAACAUUAUGUACUCAAGGUUUACUGUCUUGCAGCAUGUAGGCGUCAAAAAGAGCUUAAUAUUGUCAGAUUUUAGAUGCUUUGGGGCCAUGAAAUGUUCUCCUGCUUCAGUCACAGUUUUAACCAACACACAGUGAGCUGUGAGACUGAACUCUGUCGUCUCUUUGUGUUUUUAUCGAAGGUGACAUUGUGACCUUUGAUAACUGGCGUCUGCUGCACGGACGGAAGAGCUACAUCAGCAGACCUGACAGACUGAGACACCUGGAGGGAGCUUACCUGGACUGGGAUGAAGUCAUGUCCCGCCUCCGGAUACUGCGCUGCUCCGUCAACGGGAACGAGUGAAACUCCAGCCAAAUGUAUUAAGGUAGCUUUACAGCCUCUGCAGAAAUCCAAACAGUGUUUAGAGCGGCUUCAAACGACGAGUUCGGCCAAAAGGCUGCUGAUUCAGAGGGCAAAGUGCAAAAGUAUUUAUCUGAGGACAGGUGGAGAGCCAAACCUCUGACUUUGAAGCAUCAAAUCAUUAGAAUUUAGAUCAAUGAUUCAGCGUGAGGAUGCUUUUUUAGAUUAAAUAUCUGCAGAGUUCCUGCAAAACUACAGACGUGCAACAGUGCAACGCUUCAAUGCAAACAUCGAGACAAACACCCAGCUUUUAAAUUCAUGGUGAUUUCAGACAAACGAUAAAUGCAAAUACAGAUAGGUGUUUACGAGCUGAAGCUAAAGAGCUUAUUUUACUGCAGUCCAUAUGUUUUUAAUCUCCUCUCAUUCUCUAGUUUCAAUAUUUGGCUCAGUAAACUUCUGCUGUUUCCAAAUUCCAAAACCUGUUUACUGUAAAACUUUCAUAUUUAUUUCUCAUUACGGUGUGUAUUUAACGGUUUCCGGUCCUUGUAUUUAAAGAAUUGGAGAAGGAAGUGAUGUCAGACAGACUUUAAAUGUAAUUUCAUUCUCAGUCUCUCCUUCACCUUCAGCUGUGGUGUUUUGCUACCUCUGCUCUUUCUGUCCGUGCAUACAUAAAACAGGGUGUCCCUGACUUUCCCUGAACGCCGUAGAGAUGAAUUUUGAGUUUCAAACUGCCUUAACAUGCAGCGUAGAGACUGCAGCCAAAGCAAAAGCAUGGAGUAGCUGUAGUUUGAAUUCAGUGAUUCCUAGAAUAGACGACUUCUUACCAUGAUAGACAAAAUGAACAGUUUUGGCUCUAUCCUUAUUUUCUAAAAUAACGUUUUCAGGCAAAAUGAAGAAUCAUGAAACUCAUGUAAAAACAUCAGAGCCUCUCAGAUCUUAUCAUCACCGCAAACACACAGACCUUUCUUUCAUAGAAGUAUAAUUUUAUGAGGUUUUUGUAUAAAGGUUUAUUGUCCACAGUGUUCAGGGGCAUGUUUGAAAGCUUUUGGACUUUUAAAGUUGAUGUGAGGAACUGAAGUUUGGUUUGAUUUGGCGCCCUCCUGUGGACAAACUAGUAUCUCUUUUCUCUUUGCUGAGCUCAUUCUGUUUUUUUUUUCUAAAUCUUUCUUUCAAUAGUCAAACUCGGAUCACUCGCUGUCUAACUGUGAUGUUAAAGAUGUUCAUCAAAGGCUAAUACUGUUUAACGUUAUCUGACACUAACGUGCUGCUGCAGAAACAAAUACCAAUCAAUAAUAAUCAAGAGCAAUGCUUUUGGUCUUUUUUUUUUGUCUUCUAUCUGCAUUAAAAGUUAAAAACCAGUUAGAAACUUAACAUGGGAGCUUUGAGCAUCACAUACUUAAUGUAUGUCUGGAGGUAAAUGUUUAAAAUAGUUACUAAACUGACUUAAACUGACCCUUUAAAUACUCAGAUAUAUAGUAAUGAUGUUAUUUGAUAGUCUAGAGUGCACAUAGUCUAAUAUGACUAAAUACAGACUCACUGUUACUGACUAAUCAAAAUGAAUUCCACCUGCAUCUUAAGAUUAAACACUUUUCCUGUUUUCAAAGAGUUUAAAAACACUUGUUUUAUUAAAAAAACAAGUGUUUUUAAAAUUGAAUGAAUAUUUUUAUCCAUGAUAAAGCAGGUCCUCCUCCUUCAUGAAGUCUGCCGUGAUGUAACUUCAUACAUCUACAGCAGCCCAGAACAGACAAACUCUUUCUGUGGCGUUUUAAUAAAAUCUUAAAUGUGCCAGUACAGAAAAGGAGUGAAGUCUGUAGUUUGUUUUAUCGAAUUGGUGUCCAUUCCAGUUUACACAGUACUCCUGCGUGAGACUGUCAGAGAUGAUAUGGAUGAACUUUCAGAGCAACAACACCAGGUGAACGGUGUAAAAACAUGGUUCUUCCUCUGGUAGCCAAAACCUUGACAUUGUUUUUAUCCCUCUAGUCUUAAUACUGUCAAUGAUUGUACAAAUGUUCAAUUUGAGCUCAAACUGUGUAUGAAACUUUUAGUAAAACAAGUUUGCAAUAAACCCUCAAACUUU